UAGCGAGUGGUCCUGGCAUAUACAGGAAGCCAGUGGUGGGAAUGUGGACCCAUUUGUGUGAGAAGGCUAAUGAAAGCAUUCCUGUUGACAAGGCACAGAGUUUCUAUGUUGGGGACGCUGCAGGAAGGCCAGAAAACUGGGCUCCUGGGAAAAAGAAGAAGGAUUUCUCCUGUAGCGACAGAUGUUUUGCCCUCAACAUUGGACUACAGUUCCACACUCCUGAGGAGUACUUUCUAGGAUGGAAGAGCGCCCCCUACAAUCUGCCUGAGUUUGACCCUAGAAAGCUUAACUAUAACGCCAGACUGUACGACCCACCAUCAGCCUCUCUCAUCUCAGACAAAACAGAAGUUAUUGUUGCUGUGGGUUACCCUGCAUCUGGAAAAUCAACAUUCUUUCACUCUCAUGUUAUUCCAAAGGGCUACGUGUAUGUAAACAGAGACACAUUGGGGUCGUGGCAGAGUUGUGUUGCAGCCUGUGAGCGUGCGCUGAAAGAAGGACGCAGCGUUGCGGUGGACAACACCAACCCAGACCCAGAGUCACGGAAACGUCUGACAGCAGCAGGAAAGAAAGACGUGCGAAACCUCUCCUUCACACAGCGAGGGUGAAUCAGAGUGAAAAAGGUGUGUCAUGGUACUGUUUACAGGUUUAAUUUUUUACAAAAAAGGUGAGAGUGACUAUCUGAAAAACUGCUGGCUAUUGCUAGAGACUUGUUGAAGUGCACAAGUCAUAUGUUCACCUGUUGUAGUUCCAACUAAGUCAGCUCUUUCCUAUAAGAUUAAAAUAAAGAUCAGAUGAAAGGCUAACUUGAGUAACAGAGCUAACAUAGUAGCUCGUGCUUUCAGUGCAAAGUACCAGUACCGGUAGUACUAAGAGAAGGGGUAGUAAUGACUUAUGCCUUUAUUAGUAUACAUAUUUAAAUGCAUAAUGAUGAAUUGAAUAGUUAUAACUUUAGGAAGCGUUGCUAUUGAUGACAUGUUGAUUGAUAGUGUUUUUGAGAGAUGCUUUUAUGUAAAUAAGCUGACGUCUGUCAAAACUUGCACAAAGUCUGCAGAUGGAAAGUAGUUUGUAGCUAAAUCUAGAAUAGAGCAUCUUUUCUCUUUGAGAUUAACCUAGUCUUUGCACUGUCCUUGUUUGGAUAAAUAAAUAAAUUAAUUAAUUAAUAAAAUAAAAUAAAAUACUUAGAAGCUCUAAAGAGCACAUUACUAUUAUAAAUCCAGCCAUUCUAUAUUGAUUAAAUAAACAGUAUAAAUAGACGCUCCAGAACAUCACAAUUUUGAAAUUUGAAUUUAUAAAUUUGACAAUAAAUUCAGGAAAGAAUUUCAGUAAUAGACAUGACAACCAAAGACAACAUGCUCUUCACAUCUCCUGUUCUGCAACUUCACACUCUUGCACAGAUAAAGGCUUCUCUUACUGUGCAUAGUCCUCUAACUGUUUAUGUGCAUGUCAAAUACUGUGUUAAAGCCACAGUAUGUAACUUUUUAGUAAACAAUUCAGUUUUAUUGUUGAUGUUAUUGUAUUACACUGAAAAACAUGUAUCCUUACUGUGAGCAGGCUUGCAUCUCCACAAACCUGACUCUUAUUUGUCCUGGAUGAGGGCCACCUCCUGCUUGUUUCCAUGGAAAUGGAAAUUUCUCCUCUGAACAUAAAUGUCCACAGUAUGACAUAAACUUAUUUAUCUCCAUGGAAAAUCGUCCAAAGCAUAGUUUUAUUUGAACAUUGUACUUCCAUGGUACCAUGCAGGUGACGUCACAAUCAGA